AUUUUGACCAUUUCGGUCCGCUCAUUUGCAGGACGCUGUCUUCAGCCAUUAUUCAGCAUGCUUCAUAGCUUUGUGUGCUGGCUGCGCUCUUUGGACGUUUUAGCCAAGGAUCAAUGUCAUUUUGACCUUGACAAACCCACCAGCGGUCUCGAAGCACCUAUCAUCCAGUGGCUGUUUGAGACAUCUACAGAUCCUGAAGUAUUUUUCGCUGCUGCUGGCCUAGUUCCGCAGGUCGAAUGGCCCCUGGAUCUUGACGUCUCAGAGACGUUGCAUCAGCUGUAUGAUAUUUACGAAAGCUGUGUGGAUGUGCAGUCGCGUAUCGUCCCGUCGUUGGAGAAGAAGGCGUCAGUGUGUGCAAUGGCUCUAAGUCAUCUGUACUGCGGACGUGCUCUCCAGACAUAUACUGGCCAUUGCUUUCUUCACAGCGAGAUAUCACGCUCUCGGUUCCGGACAGACUUUGAACUGUUUUCCCGGAUGUCUGAGAGGUGCAAAUCUCAAGACAAUGUGUUUGCCCUCAGUGCCAGACUUUCGUACAAGGAACGCUGGGACCGUGACCUGCACCCAAUCAAAUAUUCCGAACCUGCCCACGAGUGGCUUUCACACAUUCUUCCUUACUACUUUUUUGCUGGGCGAGUGGAUGAAGAUGUAGAAAGACUCGCCAUAGCAGUAAUUUCAAGACUGCUAUCCCCUUCGUCUCCGUCGACUCAAAUCAUAGCCAACUGCACUUUUCUUGCUUGUAUUAUGAUCGGGGUUCGGUUUGACAAGAAGGACAUAGUUCGGAUCGAUAAAAGUUCUGCUCUAGAUUUACUUGCUAAGUCUCUUUGGGAGCAGUUCCAGAUAACUCUCUGGGGCAAUCUCGAUGGAGACGGUAUCAGAGUUCGACGCCGAGUAUGGGACCUCACCGAUGUCAUCUAUCGCAUGCUCGAGCUCCUACCUCAGCCGCCUUCAUCGCAGGUGAAGUGGAACCUAGACUUAUGCAGGAAGAUGUAUUCUCGGGCGAGGACAUCCGAACAAGAUCCAUUGGCAGCGCUGCGAAGAGCACAGCGCUUCAUGUUCGACAUCGUUCCUAAAGCCAGGAUACGGAGCAACGAUGACGUUAAAGACCCUACCUGGUUGUGGCGGCAUCAUGUUCCGUUGAGAGGUAAUUCCCACUUGCCACAAGAUUUCGACUGGCUAGUGGACUACCUCGAGGUUGUUGACCAUGACAUGGCAUGCGACAUCCUUCUACUCAUGAGCAGCAUGGGCGUGAGCUGUAGCUCCGCUAAAAAACAUCUAUUUAUCAAGAGGCUCAUUGCCUGCAUGGACAGCAGCAUGCCUUACCGUUUACGCCACCAUGCCCUUCGCGCUGCUCACAGUUCCCGGAAAGUUUUGACCUCGAUUGAUGCCUUUGAUGAUGCGGGCACGGUUUUGGUCAAAUUCUCUCAUGCAAUCAUGUCCGCGAUUAGUCCGCGACCGGGCACAACACCUGCUGACGAUGAUCCUGACGGCUUCCUCAAUCAUAAUCGUGACUUGUGCUAUCUCGGACUGGUCUUUGCCCUCGCGGGGAAUUCCAUAUGGCACUCGCAUUUGGUUGUGGAUCGCCACAUAGAUCGUUGCAUUAGCAUGAGUAAAGGGUACGACCAAUCAUCACCCAUCAUGGACCAUCACUGUCACCUAGCGGGUAUCCUCCUCCGAAUCCCGUCUGAACAGGUUUCAGUUACAUCGCUCGGGUCUAUCACAGACGAACAGUGGUGGGACAUGAUCAAAAUUGCAUGGACGAAGAUGUAUAGCAUCUACUGUUUAAAGGACGUGGACACGGACGAGUUGCUUCUCGUCCUCGUGAAAGGCACAAAGAAGUAUAUGCAGGUUGCUUCGAAACCUGAUCUUGAGCAGCUCAUCAAAGAGGUGGAUGAUGUUGUCGGAAGAGCUAAGCGGCGAGAAUCAGAGUACACUAAUAUUGGUGAUGUGAAGGAGUUGGGGACUGUAGCCCGUGAUAUGGUUCGGCAGAAGUUCGGUCAGUAG